AUCAUGAAGUGUCUCGUUGCUGUUUUGAUCUGUGUUGUGCUCGCUGAAGGGGUCAAAGUCCCUCUGGUGAGGCACAAGUCUAUGCGUGAGGCCCUGAGAGAGAAAGGGAUUGAGCUGCCUUACCAGGACCCCGCUCUCAAGUACAGGCCUGAGUUCGCUACCUCUGCCUACAUGUACAUCAACAACUACGCUGAUACCACCUACUACGGAGCCAUCAGCAUUGGAACACCGCCGCAGUCCUUCCUGGUGCUGUUUGACACCGGCUCUGCCAACCUGUGGGUGGACUCCGUCUACUGUAACACUAAGGCCUGCAACACACACAAAAAGUUCAACCCCCAGCAGUCCUCCACCUUCACUGCCAAGGAUCAGUCUUUCUACCUGCGCUAUGGGACUGGAAGUCUCUAUGGAAUCUUUGGAUAUGACACUGUCACUAUUGCCAACAUUGUGAUCCCUAAACAAGAGAUUGGUCUGAGCACAAAGGAGCUUACCGAGAACUUUGUGUUGGCCAAGUUUGAUGGCAUCCUUGGCCUGUCCUAUCGCGCUCUCUCUGCUGGAGGAGAAACUCCCGUCAUGGACAAUAUGAUUGCUGACAACCUGCUGGAUGAAAACAUAUUCGCUUUCUACCUUUCCAGGGAAGGAAAAGAGGGCAGCGUAGUGUCUUUCGGAACAGUGGACACCAGCUUGUACCGGGGCUACAUCUAUUGGACCCCUGUCACCACUGAGAACUGGCAGAUUGCCGUUGAAGGCUUCCAGAUCAAUGGUCGGGAGACCGGCUGGUGCUCCCAGGGCUGCCAGGCCAUUGUGGACACUGGAACCGCCCUGUUGGCAGCCCCAGCCCGGUUCAUAUCUGGCAUCAUGCAAGUCAUUGGAGCCAAAGAGAACCAAUAUGGAAUGUUCGUGGUGGACUGCAGCCAGGUCGACAACUUGCCAGUCCUCUACUUUGUCAUCAGCGGCGUUCCCUUGCCUCUGCCUCCUUCUGCUUACAUCAUUCAUCAAUUACUGGAUGGAAAACCAAGCUGCUCAGUGGGAAUCUUCCCCACCUUCUUGCCCUCUAGUGAGCCUCUGUGGAUCUUUGGAGAUGUGUUCCUCAGAGAGUACUACUCCAUCUACGACCGCACCAACAACCGUGUCGGCUUCGCUGAAGCUGUCUAAGCAUCAUCAGUGUAACCUAACCUGACCUAAACCUGAUCAGACAAUGAUGAUUAAGUUUGUGUCCACUCAAAAACUGCUAAGAGACUGAGGCUUUUGUACAUUGCAAUCAAUCAAUUCAAACAAAAUGAGUUUCAUUUCAGUUAAUACAUUUGUCUCUGUAAAGUACAGCACAUAUUAUUAGGAUACAAGUCUUUAAAAUCUUUAAUUUGGUAUAUACAGAACUUGACAAAAAUACUUUAGUUGGCUUUGUAUGUUCAAAACAAAGUAAAAUUAAAUAUGCCCAUGAAUGCACAAUUCUCAAGCAGAAUAAAGGUGAAAAUGCUCACUACAAGUGUUUCAAUGUUUCAUCCCUCUAAAU